UUAUGAUAUAUGCCAUUGUCUUCUCAUGCUUUCUUGCGACCGCCAGGAGGGAUAUCAAUGUCGCAAGCGCUUGAUGCAGCCGACGGAGCAACUUCGGUGGCGGUGGAAAUCCUCGAUGUCGCUUUUAGGGAGCCGUCAGUGCAGGAAAGCGGCGAACUUGGGCUAGAUUUUGAGGCAGGAGGGAGCUUUAUGGAGAAGUCGGUUCGGGAACCCGACGCGACUGGAGAGAAAAGGGAAGGUCGAGAAAAAGUAUCCAGGUUUCGCUAUUCAACGAAGGAAAUACUGGAAAUGAGGUCUUGGGGUGAAGCGGAGCAGCGGCGGCUGUGGGAAGAGGUGUACGGGGCCCUGGGGGAGGUUAUCGCUCGUGAGUACGAUGGGCUCCUUGAAGUGGGUGGCCGGAAGCAAAAGCGUGGAGGGAAGAAGAAAGAAGCAAAGGCCUCCUUGUUUGUUGCUGAUGACAGUGCUGUUGUAAAUACUUCCGAAAGUAGUCACGUCUUAGAUGUAUCUGAAAUCCUUGAAAAUGAUGCUAAUGUUAGUAGCCAGAAUGACCAAGCUGUAGGAGAGUGGUUAACUGAAUUCGAAUGCGCCAAAAAUGUAGAUGGCAGCAGUGAUGAUGAAAUUGGAAGCAUCCAGAAACCUGCUUUUUUAGUUGAAGGAGAACCAGAUUUUGAUUCUGGUCCACCGUUAGAUGGUAUGGAGUACCUGAGACGUGUCAAGUGGGAAGCUGCUCAAAUUCCUAAAAUUAAAGUGGCCAAGCUCGAAUCAAGUAAACAAAGCAGUGAACAAACGUCAUAUAUGCCCAAAUUACUAGAGAUUGAGAAGUGCCCUCCUAAUUUGCAGCCAUCAAAAAUUUGGGAAGAUACAUUCCUAUCAGAAUAUUCUGAGUUAAAACAGGUUUUCUUGCAACUAGAAGAUUCCUGCAACCAACUUCCCGCGAGAAACCAAGACGACAGUGAUAAGCCAAAGAGUUCUCCAACUGCAUCGUUCUUACUCAGCAUGGAUGCUGUUUCUCGAGCAUCCAAAUUGCAGAAGCACAUAAGCUUGCUUGAGAGUGCAAGUGAGCUAUCGCGGGAUGAAUGCCUGUGGCUGUUUGCCCUUUCUGUGGCAGUUGACACUCCUCUCGACGCGGACAUGUGCGCUUCCAUGAGGUGCCUGUUGCGCAAGUGCUCAAGCCUUCUUUCUAGGAAAGCCGAGCCAGAUGAUGAGACCGCAAUGCUGAACAUACUCAUCGCAAUCGCAGGAAAAUAUUUUCGGCAAUCUGAGAACUAGAGGAUGUGCACCCACUUAUGAUAUUAAGAUUUCAUAACGCAAAACUUCAAAUUUGUAACUCUUGAAAUGUUUGUGGAGCAGAUUAAGAACAUGAUCUUCUACUGUUGGAAGUAUUUUGUUUAUUAGAGGAACAAUUAAGAG